AUGGCUUCCCCUCCUCCAGCUCCCCCAAGCACGCGGCAGCUGCUGUCAUGUACGACCUGCCAUAAGAGAAAGGUAAAGUGCGACCGAGUUAAGCCAUGUAGAGCGUGCUGCCUUCGCGGUACUCCAGAGCAGUGUCAGUUUAACGGAAACGUAAAUGUCCUCAGCCAGGCGGAGGAGAUCAGGCGCUUAAGAAAGAAAGUCGUCCUGCUGGAGGAGCAGUUGCGGCUCUCGACCAGCCAGGCACUUCGAUCCGGACCACGAGAGCUUAUAGCCAAACCGAACCAUAGCAAGCUGCCUCUGGUCCCCAAACAAUACUCCGUAUCCGUCAAACAUAAUACUGAAGGAUCCACGCCACCGACUAUUGACGAGGCUCUAAUCUCACAUUUUAUCGAGACGGUUUGCCCGUCACCCUCUGAAUGUCUCAGGGUCUGGGUUCGCUUUCUUGCGGAACGCAGCAGGCAGUCACCAAUGCUCUGGAAUGCCUUGUCGGCACUAUCCUACCUUAGCCAUGCCCGCAACGACCCAAGCGACUCUUUACUCUUCCAAAGCCAACGCCGAUAUACAGCCACUAUCCGCCUUCUACGCGGCGAGCUUGCCAUGGUUAAUGGGCACAAUGCUCCCGGUGCACUGGAUACUAUGACGCUACUAAGCAUAUAUGAGAUGAAAUCGUUUCAAAAUCCGCUCUCUUGGCUCCUCCACAUCGAUGGUGCAGCAACGUUUUUACAACAACGAGGAUCUUCAAUGUUUAUUGGGCAGGUAUCGCAACACAGUUUCGAUAUCUUCCGUCUCCUGGAGGUCCUCAUCAAAGUAGUACGAAGACGGCGGACAUUUCUUGCGGACAAAGGAUGGCAGUCGACGGAAUUGAACGUACCUCAGUAUCAAAGAAGCCCCUUAACGUGUCUCAUCGAUAUUAUAACCAAGUUGCCAGGGCUUCUCGAAGAAGCAGACUCGUUAGAACGUGACAUGCACUCGCCUGUACCUAUAGCGGAAAAGGUGGCCCGGCAGACGUCGUUAUGGGCUCAAAUAGACCAGAUGGAUGCGGCCUUGACCGACUGGAGAAGGGUAAACGGAGUCUCAACAUCUCCUAUACCUAAACAAGGCGAACUUCCCAGUGGGACUGGCACAGAGUCUCCUGGUAAGGAUGCGCUCGCUGUCUGUAUCAACCUCGCAUGCCGACUCAUCCUCUCACGAAUCGACACCAGACCUUGGCGACCUCCCGCCGAAGACCUUAUUCAAAAAGCAACGGCACUCUGCGGCCUUGCCGCCCAAUCAACUCGAGGCCGCACAGACUUCAUGUCUAUACUAAUCCUCCUCUUCACGUUGCGGCCUGCAUACUACACAUUUCCCCCGACCCACCCUGGACGGCAGGCAAUCCAAGGCAUGUUCGCGAAUUUCUCCGCAACAUAUCAGCUUCCUGUUGCAGCUAACAUUAUCACCAUGUUCCCGCCUCCCGGCCCGGUUGAUCCGGCUCCGUGA